AUGAACAAUAAUCUCUUCCCACCACUUGUUCUUCACUACAUGAUUUUCACACUCUUCUGCAUCUUGAUCGCCAUCCCUUCAUCUUACUGUGAUGACGAGCGAUACGAGGCAUGCAGUCAACCCUACAAUUUCUCAUGUGGUAGGUCGUCGACUGUAUUGAAUUUGUCGUAUCCUUUCUGGGUAGAUGAAUGGCUGCCGGAGUGUGGUAAAAAUGAAUUCAAGCUCACUUGUGAAGACGAUCAGCAUCCUAUAAUAAACUUUCCACCUCAAAAGUUUCGAGUUUUGCGCAUCAACACAACUGAUCAAACAGUGACACUAAGAAAAGAUCCCCCUUGGGACGGUACUUCUUUGGACGACACUGUUUGUCCUGAAAUACCCGCCGUGAGCGUUAAUUUCAACCAAUUUCUCUCCAAUUACAGCCAAAACGUUCGAAACCUAAGUUUAUUCUAUGAAUGCACUGAUGAAUCCCAACUGGGUUUACAUAAUUAUAGUUGUAAACAAGGAGCGGAACAUAGGAAAGGCUUCUACACAAUUGAUGACGGAAAAUCAAAGGAUUUUCCAAAUCUUACCGAUACUGUAACUUGUAGAAAGGUUGAAGAAGUCCCCAUUCUAUCCAUUGAUGCUCUCCAUGAGACUGAAUAUUAUGAGAACCUGGUUUGGCUAAGCGAGGUGUUAUUGAAGGGGUUAGAAGUGAAGUAUGAGGCAGAGAACGGACUCUGUUCUGCAUGUAAAUCUUCUGGUGGGAUAUGCGGAUCUAAUGACCUAAAUCCGGGGAAAUUUGCGUGCCUUUGCCGUGAUAAAUCUCACCCUCAUACCUGUCGCGUUUUAACCUUUUCAAAGCUGGGAAAGAUUGAAGAACUCAGCAUUUAG